AGGAAAAAACAGAGGACAUCCUUUCAUUCAUCAUUCACUCUUCUGACAGUUUCUUUAUCUUUGAUGCAUUUACACAGAAACAUGACAAAGCCAGUCUGUUUACACUUGGACAGUUUGUGCAGCAGGAAAUUAAAGCUAGCUUAGCUACGUUUUCAUAGCCUAGCCUGUUAGCUUAGCUACGUUUUCAUAGCCUAGCCUGUUAGCUUCACCCCUACAGCUUCUCCUUUGAAUGGAUGUUUCCAAUGCGACUUCAUUUGCUCGAAACAAGUCAGUAAAUGAAUGUAAACUUGGUAGGAACAGUGGUUACAUAAACGUUGAAACGAGCCGCAACUCAAUCGUGCACGUGCACCAUAGGUGCGCUCUGGUGCUUAAACAAGCAGCACUGCACAUCAGAGAGACAAACAUGACAGAUGAGGUCCCAAUGAUGUCAGCGGCUAGUCUCAAGGCAGAUGUGUGGCUGCAUUUCAGAUGAAAACAGUGAAGAGCUGGACAAAAUUAAGCUAUGUGCAAGAUGUGAAGAAUAAACCAUGUGUACCUGUUCAUACACAGUGUAGCUGGUGCACUGGGGCAGAAAAAUUGCUAUAGAUGCCUCCAUGUGCAUCUACCAGUUCCUGAUUGCUGUGCGACAGGAUGGCAAUGUUCUGCAGAAUGAAGAUGGAGAGACAACAAGUCACCUGAUGGGAAUGUUUUACCGGACAAUCCGCAUGCUGGAACACGGCAUCAAACCUGUCUAUGUGUUUGAUGGCAAGCCACCACAGCUCAAGUCUGCAGAGCUGGAGAAGAGAGGGGAGAGGAGGGCAGAAGCUGAGAAGAUGCUUGCUCAAGCUCAGGAACUGGGGGAACAAGAGAAUAUUGACAAAUUCACCAAGCGUCUGGUAAAAGUCACCAAGCAGCAUAAUGAUGAGUGCAAGAACCUGCUGACCUUGAUGGGAGUGCCUUACAUUGAGGCUCCGUGUGAGGCAGAGGCCAGCUGUGCCGCUCUGGUUAAAGCAGGGAAGGUCUUUGCCACGGCAACAGAGGAUAUGGAUGGGCUGACCUUUGGUACAAAUGUCCUGCUCAGACACCUCACUGCAAGUGAAGCAAAGAAACUUCCUAUCCAAGAGUUCCACUUCAGUCUUAUCCUGCAAGACAUUGGCCUGAACCAUGAACAGUUCAUAGACUUGUGUAUUCUGCUGGGCUGUGACUACUGUGGCACCAUCAAAGGCAUCGGCCCCAAAAGAGCCAUCGACCUGAUCAGACAGCACGGCUGCAUCGAGAAGAUCCUCGAAAACAUUGACCCCAGCAAGCACCCUGCUCCUGAGGACUGGCUGUACAAAGAGGCCAGGGGUUUGUUUUUGAAGCCGGAAGUGGUGGAUUGUUCCUCAAUGGAACUGAAAUGGAGUGAGCCAGAUGAGGAAGGCCUGAUCCAGUUUAUGUGUAAUGAGAAACAGUUCAGUGAGGACAGGAUUCGUAAUGGCUACAAGAAGAUUGUAAAGAGUCGAAAGGGCAGCACGCAAGGACGACUGGACUCUUUCUUCUCUGUCACUGGAUCUCUGUCCUCCAAACGCAAGGAACCGGAGAUAAAAGGAUCGGCAAAGAAAAAGCAGAAGGCUGCAGCUACAAUGAGCAAAUUUAGGAAGGGCAAAUAGACUCAACAUAGGGAUCCAUGAUUAAUUUGAGAAUAAUAAUUGUAAUGAAUUACAGCUACUAAAAAAAUAAAAUAAAAUCAUCACAGAACUUGAAUUUAGGCAGUAGGAUGGUGCAACUCAGUAGGUUGUGUGUUUGGAUUAGUUCAGCUGAAAAACUGUUAGACAUGACCAAAUAUGAUAUUGAUGUAAGAAAAUUCCAAGCUAAGUGUCUUUUAAGGGUUUUGUCAAAGUGUGUUUUCUGUUAUAAAAUAAAAGUAAGGAAGCCUUUUUAUACA